AUGAAGGGCCAACCUGUCGAUCAGCUCGUUUACGAGUGCAUGUUUCCUCGACCUAAAAGCAACGAUCCUCAAAGUUUCCAAAUUCUCCUCCAACGAAACCUGAUUCCAGAGGUUCGCCAGGAAACUCACGCUUUUUACGGCCACCUCGACACCCAGGAAGCGAAAUACCCUGGCCUCGAUUACACUCACAAAACCCAUCGUAUUCGCCUUUCUCGGUGGGCCUGGCACCGACGCCUUUUCCGCGCUUUCGACAACCUUCAGCUUACCGAUGCCGAAAUCGCUGGUUUGACCAAGUGGGAGGGAACCAAAUGGGCCAAGGAAAAGUACGAGAAGGAACAGGGUUACGUUAUUCAUGAUACCACCGCCGACGGAUUCCCCGACUGGACCGAUAUUCAACAUUUGCCUCGUUCUUCCCGCAGCCGUUCUGCAGAGGUCGGCUAUGUUGGACUUGAUGAUCUCGACAACGAUAUGGACGUCGAGAGCGAAGAUGAGCUGGACAGUGUAGGCGUUGAGUUGAACGAGCGUCUCAGAGAUGGAGUUGCAAGACGUGAGGCCGGUGACACUACAGCCGUGCUCGACGAGGAAUGGGAACAGUGGCUCAAGAACGCCAUUGAAUCGGGUGAUAUCAGUCUUGAAAACGACCACGUCUUCCACGAGAAUGCCACUCCUGGUGCGCUUUUCCCUCCAGGCUUGCUUACCACCGCCCGAGCCGGCCGAUGGGACGAGAUCCCCGAGUCUCUUCACCGCAUACUCCGCCGCGUUCUACAGUCUGAGCCGCAAUCACUAUCGCAAACGACAAACCUUUCUCCAAGUGACGCUAAUCUCAUGAAUUUCUACAACAACGGAAUGAAUCUGCUCCAUACAUGGGGCCGACGCCGCAGCUUCUCAGGUCUUCGUCUACCGGUCGGCGAUUCUAGUUAG